AUGCCUAUCCUACUCAAUGCCGACGCCUCCUUCAGCUCCAAGCAGGAGCUGCUGGACCUCCAGGACAGCCCCAUGGGCCCCUCCCUAGAGACACCCAGCCCCGUGGACUCUCAGGAGGACAGCCCAGUGGGCUUAGGCCCCGGCAGCGCCGCUGGAAAUGGCCCCACCCCACUGCCUGGACAGCUUUACACGGGCCUAGCACCCGCGGAGACCCCACUGGGCCUCACAUUCAUCCCCGCAGACUCAGAAGGGCUGUGUGGCUGGGGGGCUCUGACGCCCCGAGUCAUCCAGACCUUCAACACCCCUCGCUGGGUACUGUUCUUCCUGUGUGUGGCCUCCUUCCUCCAGGGCAUGAUCAUCAACGGCUUCAUCAACACCGUGGUGACCUCCAUAGAGAGGCGCUUUGACCUGCGUAGUUACCAGACCGGGCUCAUCGCCAGCUCCUACGACAUCGCUGCCUGUGUGUGCCUGGCCUUCGUCAGUUACUUUGGUGGGACGGGGCACAAGCCUCGCUGGCUGGGCUGGGGGGUGCUGGUCAUGGCGCUAGGAUCUCUUGUGUUCGCCCUGCCUCACUUCACCACUCCCCCAUACCAGGUAAGCAUGACUGAGCGGACAGGGGUGUGCACGGGGAACCGUACCAGCCCGUGCCAUGAGAGGGAGGGCGGGGGCCUGUCCAGCUACCGCUUUGUCUUCAUGCUGGGCCAGUUCCUGCACGGGGUGGGAGCCACGCCCCUCUACACUCUGGGCGUCACCUACCUGGACGAGAACGUCAAGUCCAGCUACGCUCCGGUGUACAUCGGGAUCUUCUAUACAGCAGCCAUCAUGGGUCCAGCAGCAGGGUACCUUCUAGGAGGAUACUUCCUCAACAUCUACACAGAGAUCCACAUGAUGACGGAGCUGACUCCAGAGAACCCUCUGUGGGUGGGGGCCUGGUGGAUUGGCUUCCUGGCAGGAGGCGCAGCAGCGCUGGUCGUUGCCCUGCCCAUCCUGGGUUACCCACGCCAACUACCAGGCUCUCAGAAGUAUGUGUCCAUGCGUGUGUCUGAGGCCCACCAACUGAAAGAUGGCAGUCAGGCCAGUGCAUCAGACCCUCAGUUUGGGAAGUCAGUGAAAGACAUGCCUAGGUCAGUGUUGCUCCUGCUGAAGAACCCUCCCUUCCUCUUCCUGUGUCUGGCGGGGGCCACAGAGGCCACCCUCAUCGCUGGCAUGUCCACCUUCGGCCCCAAGUUUCUCGAGUCUCAGUUCAGCCUGAGUGCGUCUGAGGCAGCCACCUGGUUUGGCUACAUGGUGGUACCCGCGGGUGGGGGGGGCACUUUCCUGGGCGGCUACAUCGUGAAGAAGCUGAACCUCCGUUGCCGUGGCAUCGUUAGGUUCUGCAUGGUGUGUGCCGUCAUCAGUCUUCUUGCCAUCUUCAUCUUCCUCAUCCACUGUCCCAACAUCCCCAUGGCCGGGGUGACUUCCCCCUACCGCAGCAACCUGCCACCAGGCCAUCAGUACAAUGAACAGUACUAUGAGCCAGUCCGCAACAGCUCUUGGUUGGGGGACAACCUGAUGGUGGGCUGUAAUGCAGACUGUCACUGUUUACGAGAGCUCUAUAACCCAGUCUGUGGAGCCGACGGUGUGAUGUAUUACUCCCCUUGCCAUGCAGGCUGCAGCACAAUCAACCACACAGAGGUCUCCACAGGUAGACAGGUGUACUCGGGCUGCAGCUGUGUGGUGGUGGGGAACGUCACAUCGGGGCAGGAGGGUCUGGCUCUGGAUGGGAAGUGCACCAGCUCCUGUAGUCACAUGCCAGCCUUCCUCACCUUCCUCUUCAUCGUCAUCUUCUUCACCUUCCUGUGUAGUAUCCCCGCCCUCACUGCUACCCUCAGGUGUGUCCCAGACAGCCAGAGGUCCUUUGGACUGGGAAUCCAGUGGAUCGUGGUGAGAAGUCUAGGUGGGAUCCCAGGCCCGAUAGCGUUUGGCUCUGUGAUCGACAUCUCAUGCCUGCUGUGGCAGGACCAGUGUGGAGAGCAGGGCUCCUGCUACCUCUACCAGAACUCUGCCAUGAGCCGCUAUACACUGAUCGCUGGCAUCAUCUACAAGGUUCUUGGCACGAUGUUCUUCCUGCUGGCCAGUGUUCUGUACAAGCCCCCUCCAGAGUCGCCCCAGAGCAGCUGUGAGAGCACCGACCACGGGGCAGGGAACAGCGGGGGAGAGACGGGGGACCUCUCCAUCAAGGACCUUCCGCCAAAAAUAAUCUCAAAUGUACACGCCAGGUUAUGA